GUUUGAGCAGCCCGCCUAGUAUACUUCAGUCGGUUACCACGUGCUUUCGCGUGAAGGAGUCUUUUAAUCGCGUUCGCGAAUGUUGUAUGGUAUUAAUUAUUAAAUCUAUCAUAAUUGUGUUUUGUAGAUUAAAUUCAUCUUUUGGACAGAUUUAGUUUUUGGAAAGAAACAUGUCAUUCUCUAGAAAAUAUUUCAAAAGAAUCCCGAUUCAUAUAGUAGAGGACCAUGAUGAGGUUUUAUCGUUCAUUUAUCGAUGUUUGGGAUCGAAACAUCUUCCAUUUGAAGGAAAUGCAUUUGUGCAUUUAGAUUCACAUCCUGAUAUGCUUAUACCGAAAACAAUGUUGGCAAACACCGUAUGGGAUAAAAAUCAAUUAUUUAGUGAAAUUAGCAUCGAAAACUGGAUAUUACCCGCUGCGUACGCCGGUCAUUUUAAGCACUUGAUCUGGGUCAAACCACCGUGGGCAAAUCAGAUAGUUGAUGGCGUGACAACCUUUUUCAUCGGCAAACAUAAGGACAAUGGAUCAAUAAGACUCACGUGCCCCGAGCCUUAUUUCGUCAGCGAGGGCCUCUACAGCGCUCUCGAGGAAUUGGAGAACACACGUGAGAUCAUUCUACACGUGAUAACCAUUGGCAGUUUCAUCGAGGAUCCAACGAAGAAAGAUGAUUUUCUUGCGGUUAGCUCUGUUUUACGUCAAUAUCUGCCUGAGAAAGAUACACCGUACAUUUUAGACAUCGAUCUGGAUUUCUUCAGCACCAAGAAUCCUUUCAAAAACCUGUACGAUCGCGUAAAUCUCUACGAUAAACUUGCAACACUCUACGCUUUUCAACGGCCCGAUUCAACGGAUCACGAGGUACUGAGGGAGAUUACAAUCGCGAGGAACGAGCAGCUCGCCGAGUUGGAAAACCUCUUCGGCCAUUUGGACGAGCACAGAAGCCUGCAGGGUUACGAGGGCGAAAAAUCGGCGCGAUACGAGGCUGUACAACUGAUCUAUCAAGAGCUGACCAGCGUUUACAAGCAAUCGGAAAUUGAUUGGAAAAUGAUACACGAUGCAGGAUGCACCAGAGACGAUACAGAUUUGCCACACCACGUUACUAAGCCGAAUGAUCUCGAUCGAUUGAUCAGCGGAACGUUCAGGUCCUUUUUGGCUGCCUUGCCUGCUCCUCCCACGAUUGUAACGAUUGCGAGAUCCAGUCAAGACGAAUAUUGUCCGUCAGAGAACGUGGAUCAAAUUCAGGUUGGAGUGCUCGAGGAACUUCGCCAACAUCUGGGGGAUAUCGACGUCCAAUUGGCCUAUCUAAAGGAGGAAACCCAUUAACCAUUAAAAAAUAUAAACACACCACCCUUUCUCCCUUCCCCGAGAUAUACAUUUUAAUGGGGCGAAUUUCAUUUUGAUUCAAUAAACGUUUGUAUGAAAAAAUAUUCAUCCCUGUUAAUCGUAUCCGUUUCUCCAGCGUCAUUCCAACGUGGAUCGUAAAAAUAGACCCUCGGCUCGAGCACUCGUCGUCGUUAUUAAGACAACGAGUACUCGGGUAAGGGCCAAAUGAAAAGCUCGUAAAGACUAAUUACUGGUGCUCGAGGGAGGGGUGGAUAAAGGAAAAACUAAGUCGAGAAGUCGUGCAUCGUGAAUCGAUGGAAUACAUCAGAAAGAUCAGAAGGCGAGCAGGAAGAAGGAAACUGGCACGUCUUUGAUCAGAGCUACGAUUUACAUAAGAUCGGUGCCACUGGUCCAUUAUAAGAGCACAAUGCCAAUCUGAAGGUUGGUAUUUUUCUUUUUUUCUUCUUUUUCUUUUUUCUUUUCCUUUUUUUCUUUUUUUUUUUGCGCAACCAGCACACCCUGCAUCCCCCUCUGUCGUUUCUCGUUUCACGCCGACCGCCCAUUUGCAUACCGUAGGCCAGUUUCCCACACGUCUUAACAACGAUCGUCCCUUCUUCCUCUUUCUUACGAGCUUACGAGUUUCCGUCUCUUUUCGUUUCCCUUUUGCUCGUAACCCUUUUCACCGAGCCGGGACAAAAAAGGCAAGGAAGAGUGUAAAAAAGACGCCUUCCUUCUUCCAAGAUGCUGGCGUCUCUUGAAACUGAGAAACGAGACCUUCGUGGAUAUGCCAUUCAAAUUCUAUAAUGAACGUACGUGUAUGUAUAAUGUUUUUUGCCUAUCGAAUUUCUGCCGCGCAAUAAACGCGAGAAAUUUUUGCCGGAGAGAUUCUAAUCUUAGAAACUAUUUUUAAUAUCUAAUCAUUAUGUUAAUUUUAAUUCUAUUUUUUGGAAGAUAACGUAAAAUGGUCACCUUUUUUUUUUUUUAUUUAAUUGUGUAUUUGUUGUGCUGUGGUUCUUAAGUUUCAAGAAAACGUGAAAGAAUCCCUGUUAAUAUACUUGAUUGCGCGUAAUUUAAUUCCGCUAUGGGUAAUUUAAUUCUACCACGUCCUUCGAGUUACUUUUGACUUAAUUACGCUUCUUCUAUGAUUAAAAAAAUAUUCUUAAGUUUCGGAGAAACGCGAAAGAAUCCUUGUCAAUAUCAUCGUAUCAUCUGAUUACACGUUGGAAUAUUAAAAAAUUCGGGGAUCGAAAUUAAAAGUUUCAUUAAUAAAAUCAAUAUUCAACAUCUUUCAGCUUGAACACGAUCUAUCACAUUCCAAUCAUUACCGAUCAAAGUUAAAAAUUAAAUAACGAAAAAAAGGAAAAGAAAUAAAUUGUUAAAAAAAUUAGAAUCAAGCAGAAAAAUUUUCCAAUUGAAAGGUUUUCCAUCGAUUCGUCGAUUAUUCGUCUUGAAAUGACUCAUUCGCCGAUUAAAACGAUCGUACAAUUGCGCGUUAAGGGGGUAGCACAGUGGCAACGGGCGAUAACGCGCGAAUAAACGUUAAAUGGACAAGGUGAAUGCGGAAGUGCGAUUGUGGAGAAGGGACGAAUUUUAAAGAACCGCAAGGAAAGUUUACGAGCUGGCAGGCUCGCGUAAUGACUGUCGUUAACCACGGUGCAGGCCUCUCUCGGUGGAACCAAGACCUUUGUAUGCUAAUGACAGGGUGGUCCGAUUUCAGCCACCCUGAGUAAAAAAUCUUAGGGGUCAACAGACCCAUCGUUCGGCCGAGUUUUAAAUCUCCCUCGAGUACCAUUGACCUCGAAUUAAAAACGGGCUCGACCUUUGACCUUUGUCGUGAAAACUUUACGACCAACCGUACGGUUUUCUUUUUCUUUUUUUUUUUUUUCUUCUCCUUCUAAAAGUCAUUGACGGAUACGAUUACCUCCCCCUCCUCUUUCUCCUCACCGAUGCUUUCUUAUUCGUGCAAAAUUAACUUUCGGUUCGGUGCUCGUCCCUAUAACGGUGUAUGGCAAGAAUUCACGAGACCCUCGGGACUAGAGAUGUGUAACCAUUCUCAGAAGUAAUACGUGCAUUGAUAUUCAUUAAACUGCUUCGACUGAAUUCUUGGCUUAGAAAGAAGAAAGGAAUCUUUGGAAAGUAUUGCACGAAUAAGCCUGGUUUCAAUUGUUAAUGGAAUUUCUUGUUCAUUUCUUACGAAUUAUGUUAUUUAUUUGAGAAAUUUUUUUUAAUCUUUUUUUUUACUUUUAAAAAUAUUUGUUUAGAAUAUGGAAUUAGAGAUCAUGAAUGUUUAUGGAAAUUUUAAUUUGUAUACAACUAUAAAUAAGAUCUGUUUCAUUUUCUUAAUAUUGUAAUAUAAAUAUAUAAUAUACAAUUUAAGUACACAAACGUUUACAAUUUAAUUAUAAAGCGAAUGAAAUAAAAUAUAAUUUUAAAAGAAACUAUGGAAAAUAUUAAUUUCGAUUAUUGUACAAAUUUAAAUUCACAUAAUAGGAAAUUUUGAAAAAUUUAAAAUAUCGAAGUAAAAAUUAUAUUGUUUGAAGAACAUAACUAAUAGAAAAGAAUGUUUUUCGUCACAGUCUGAACACAAUUUCAAGCGUCUCGUUCUCUCUCAUGGUUGUUCGGAUUUCAUUCACCCAGGUGACACCGUGACAUUGGGUUCUAGGGGAAUUAUUCAAAACCAGGUCUGGCUGGCAAAAGUACAGCCGUCCCUGGCACCAUAAUCCCGUAUACGAUUUGCAUAAAAUAGGAACGCAAAAAAGCAACAAUCGAGAAAACAAAAAUAACAAUAAAGAUACAUAAAUCGAACGUUUAAUAAUAAAAAUCGUUUCGAAUAAAAUUUUUAUCUGAUCAAAUAUUAUUCAACUGAUUGAAUUAAAGAAAAUUCGAGCAAGUUAAUAUAAAUAUUUCUAUUAAUUUAAAACGAAUUUAUAGAAAAAUUUUUUAAAAAGAAUAUUAUAUCUGCAUAAUUAGAAUUCACAAAAUUAGAUUUAUUUUUUAUUUAUUUCCAAAUUUCCAAUACUUCUGACACACGCAAAUGAUUUUCCUCGCUUUAACACUUAUGUGUUUAUAAAUUUUUCCAAGCGAUUCUCGCGAUUAGAAAAAAAGGAAAGAAACAUUUCGAGCCUAUAAAACUUGUAUUUCUAAACAGAUAUAACUCCAAUUCGUAUAUAUAAAUAAAACUCGUAAAAAAAGAUUUUCACCAACGUCGAUUUCCAUCCGAGACAAGUCACCGAUCACGGCAAAGGCCGAGGACCCUUUACUCUCGCGUACCUGAUGGUUAUGCGCGUGACGAAAGAGAUCUUCAGAGAGAGGUAAGUAUGCUAAUCAGCAAGCAUAAUGCAAUAUCGAUACGCCGGAGAAAGCCAAUUAUAGCGUGGGGAUCUGUCGCGUACGACCUAUAGAGAUUCUCUUCUCUUUCUCUCCCCCCUCCCCUCUUUCUCUCUCUCCCUCUCUCGUCUAUUCCCUCUCGAAACGUCUCCGUGAGACGCAUAAAGGGUCGCAUACGGGCGAUGCACCGGUGAGAAAAUGAAUAGCAAAUGAAAGAAAAAAAGGAGGAAGAACGAGAGAGGACGGGGGCCGGUUGAUAGACAACGCCAUAGGCGGAGACCUCGUUGGCCGUUGUUCGAAAGUGCUAUUUGUAUUUAUUCCAGGCCUUUGUUCGUAGAGACUCAUGGGGAGGAGGGUGGGGCGAGGCGGCGAGAGGGAAAGAGAGAAAAAAAUUAUUCAAAGACGAGGCGAAAGGGGUGAGGUCCACUAGUCGUUACGGGACUAUACGACGUUUCGGUCGGAAAAAAUAGUUGCACGCGGCUCGAUAGACCGAGCUUGGAAUAUAUAUUUGUCGAGCGGAAAGUGGAGUUUUUAUUCUUGAUUAAUAAUGGAAGAAUCGUUUGAAAGGAAUCGCCUCGAAAGUGUAAAUUUCGAAAACUAGUAAUCCUCCGUAAUUCAUCUUCGAUCGUUUGGAAUUUCGGUGUAAUUCGAUCCAAAUUCCUCGAAACAGUUAAUCGUUUCGUAAAUUUUAGAAAAUUUGAUCUCGAGAGGAAAAAGGGGGAGAGAGAGAGAGAGAGAGAGAAGGAUAAUAUCCGAGCACGCAACAAAGUUAAUCCGAGAAAUCGAAUUACGGGCAAGUGUUCGCUCCAUCGUGCGGAUUCCCUCGUUCUCGUUGGGUGCAGUAUGUGACGAGAUGAUCGCAUGUGUGUGUGAAUGCAUCUCGUGCAGCGGAUGCAACUGCGAGUGGUCAGUAGCUCGCAAAACGACUGGCCGCUCGGUGCAUCCCCUCGGUACUUUUCGAUCAACCUCGCGAGUGACACAUCGAGCCUACUGCGACACACCACCCACUCGUCUUCCAAACCGUGAUAUCUUCGCGAUUCCAUCGAAUGAGUUGUCCGUCUAUCUAUAAAAAUCCUCGGACAAUCCUCGUUUCGAUUAAGAUAUUCCCCGAACGGAUGACGACACGUCUCCACCGACUCGUCCAGUGUCACUCUGUUUACACGGGGAAAAGAGGUGUGGUUUACAAAUUCGAUUCAUAAAAUCUGGCACAUAACGAGGAAGCGCGACGAACUGUCGGUUCUACGCGGCGCGAUAAAGUUUUUAAUCACAUCUGCACAACGGUCUAAGUUUAUUCUACGCGGGGAUCGCGGCACGCUUUUCGACGAGAGCGGACAAGUAAUUUCAUAAUGUCGCGGGACGAAGUUCUGACAGUUCUUACAUGGUGGCCAGGCCACGGAAGGAAAAGUUCCGUUAUAAGUUUUAAUGGUACAUAAAUAAACGGCGACGUUGUAAUAGAGUUUCUGCGGGGCGACUUUUCCCGGGCGAGAUUCGACGCGAGAACACGGCCUCGUUAUAAAUAUUCAAUCGUAACCGUGACAUUUUUCUCUCCGUCUCGCUCCCGCUCGCCGGCCACGACGCACGCGUGUCACGCGAGAGACUGGGACGCACGAUAAGCUUAAUUCGAGUGGCGAGCGUGUGCGGGAAUUAUACAUUAAACGCGGUCUCGGCGGCGGAAAAGAGCCGCGUUUUCGUCGAAAUUAUAGAAAAUUAACGAGCCGUCCAUAACGGACCUCGAGAAACCACCCUUGCCGUUCAUGCACGAAAUAACCACGUCGAGCGAUAUUAUUUUCAAAACGCGGCCGAGCCUGUUAUCAGUGUCUUAGUUAGAAGCUUGCUUUUCGUAUCUGUCGAAACUUUGCUCCGCUUCUCCCCUUUAAGACGACGUGAAUGAAUUUCGAGGGAGGCUUUAAACCGUGUAUCGAAGUACAACGUAGUUCGACGAGCAAUUCGUUAGUGGAUUUUGAAUCGAUGUAACACGAACGAUCGACACUAAGGUUUUAGACCAAUUUAUCAGUGAAAUUUUACGAAUUACGAGAAGCUACGUGUUACAUGGUGCGUGAAAGUGUUGUUCAUGAAAUAAACAAAGUUUCUUACAGAGUAAA